AUGUCUGCUCCCAUCCCAGUCAUCGUCUGCGGCGCCAUGAAAGGAAUGGCCAACCUCGUCCGAACAAAAAUGCUACCAGAGUACGAUGUAAUCUACGCAGGUUACAACAUCGCGCAGUCCAAGCAUGAAGUCCCACAGAUCAUCUCAGGAAAUCCUCCACCACCUGUAUCACUCCACACCCAGCUGGGCUCCAACGACUUCACUGUCCCACCGCGUGCUAUCAUUACUGGCGGGGGGUACAGUGAGGAAAUGUUCCAGGAGUUGUACCAAGACUGUAUCAAGGCGUGUGGAUCAAAGGAGAAUAUACCGGUGCCUUUUUUCAGGGCUAGCAGAGAGAUUACCACUAGGUUGGCUGCUGAGGGGAACGGGCCAGUUCCCUCAUCGUCGGAGUAUCCUGCAGCUAUCACUGAACGGUUGAAGAAUAAACUGAAAGAGGCAGGGAUUGGGCCCGGGAUUGAAGGGCACGGAACUGGGAGUAAUGGAGAAAUAUCUUUCUUUUGA